AUGGCCGACGACCGGCGCAACAGCUCCGAGAAACCGUCGUCGGCGCGGGAGAGCAUGAGCUCGAACUCGAACCCGAGCCCGACUCAAACACAAAAUCAGCCACAAAAACAGACGCAAGACGCCCGGCCGCCACCGCGGAAGCGCAGGCGCGUUGUGAUAUCUUGCACGGAAUGUCAUCGUCGGAAGCAGAAGUGCGACCGUGAUCUGCCAUGCGCCAACUGCAAAUCGCGCAACAAGCAAGACGCCUGCAAAUACGAGACGGGCGCCCCCACGGCCAAGGACCAUCGCAAAGCCGAGGUUGAAGGCGCAAAGUCAACCCAGGUCCAGAGCCUCUCCAAUGCCGCCGCCAACUGGGGCUACUCCCAAGCCGGGGCUUCCACGCUCGGCCUGAUGAGAAAGAUCGAAAGCGCAAACGGCGACGGAGCUCUGUCCCAUCUCGGCGGCUCGGCCCACAUCGAGGACCAGUUCGCGACCAAGGAGCGAUACAAGUCUCUGAUCAGACAGCUGCCUGCUAAGGGCUACAUCGAGAAGCUCAUCGACGUCUACUUCCGCGAGUUCAACCACCAGUACUACGCCCUUGAGGAGGACCUCUUCAAGGAGCAGUUCGCCGAGUGGAACAACAUACCCUUCAACGUGCUCUCCAACUCUGGACCGCAGGGUCUCUCGCCCGACCUGAGGGUGUUUCCCGCAUUGCUCUUCCAGGUUCUGGCCACCGCUUUGCUGAUCCUCCCGGAGGGAUCGCAUGAAUUCUACGAACAUCUCAAGUAUGCGGGCAACAUGACAUUUGAGGACCUUGCGGCGGACUACAGCGAAUCUGGCGUCGGCAUCCUGUCGCUACUGGGCAAACGACAAAUCACACUCACGACGGUCCAGGCCGAUUUCCUCCGGGCGGCGUUUCUUAAGUACAUGGCCAAAGUAACGGAAUCGCGACUGCAGUGGCAUGCCAUUGGUAGCGCCAUUCGGGACGCUCAAGAGAUUGGCAUGCACCGGGAUAGCCUGGACCCCUCCCCGAACAGUGACGACACUGGGGAUAUACUCGAGAACAUGUGGCUGAUUCAGCGACGGAGAAAGCUGUACAUGGUUCUCACUACCUGGGACAUUCACUGUGCGCUCGUGCUUGGACGUCCUGGCAGCAUCGACUGGCGCAUUUGCCCACCAAGCCUACCCAUAGACGCGCCUCCGCCAAAGGACCGUCGCAAGACGCCCGUUGCGCCCCGCGAUGAUGAGAAGGACCCACCGACGCCGCUGAGCAGGGGCAUCUGGGCAUUCAGGCUCGUGGCCCCGAUGCGUGAGAUUCUGGAGUUGGAACAGGACGGCCCGUGUCCGAAAGACUAUUCCAAGGUCGAUCGGGUGCACCAAAUGUGUCUGGAUUUGGACGAGGCGACGCCUGCGUACUUCCGGUUGGAGAACCCGGAUAGAAAGUGGGACGAUAACCCGUCAUGCUACUGGCUUCAGUCGGUACGCUUCUAUCUGCCGCAGAUGAAUCUGUUCAACUUGAUGGCGCUGCACCGGCCGUACAUCUUUAAUCGGCAGAAGAGCCGAACAGAAGCGCUCAAGGCCAGCAUCGAGAUGCUUCACCGUCAGAUGCUCACCUUCCAAGGCCUCGACGCUGGGUCGUGGCGAAACUUCUCGCUAUUCUUCGGCAGUUUUGAUGCCGUGGUGCUCAUGGCAUCGAUAUACAUAUUGUUUCCCAAGGAGAACCUGGAGAUGGCCGGCAGCGCCAUGCAGCACUUCCACUGGACAACAGAAAGAUUCGAAGCAAUGCAGGAGAGGAACCCUCUGGCGAAGGCGGCGAAAGGUGUCCUGCAGGCGAUUUUUGCUAAGUUCAAGAAAGCGGUAGGAAACCCGGCGCCACCACCAAGCCUGUCGAGUCUGGCAUCUCAAACACCGGCAUCGACGGCGGAUAGCAGCAGCAGCAGCAGCAGUUUAUCUGCCCGCGGAUCAGUCUCGACGGCGACAGCAGCGACGGCCGACACUCCAGCAAGUAAGAGCAGCACGGUGGCGACGCCGACGUCGCUACCAACGGUUCCCGACCCAGCUUCAUCGUCCUAUCCGCUGCCGUCAGCACACUCGGAAUGGUCGUUGCCAAACAGCUGGGACUUCACGUCGAUUGCGCCGCUAUUUCCUAUGGGAGACCUCAUAUACCACGACCUGAACGGAAUACCUGAAGACGGAUCUCUGCCAGCAUGGGGAGCGGCGACGCCACCACCGCCGGCGGCUGGGACGACAUUUGAGGGGGAUUUUGGGAAUGACAGUGUGUGGAACUUGCUCAACCAGUACGACCCGACAUCCGUUUGA